AUGUACAUAACCGUACAUGCACCAACGCCAGAGCAGGUGAGUGGUGCAGCAGAGCAGGUGAGUGGUGCAGCAGAGCAGGUGAGUGGUGCAGCAGAGCAGGUGAGUGGUGCAGCAGAGCAGGUGAGUGGUGCGGCAGAGCAGGUGAGUGGUGCAGCAGAGCAGGUGAGUGGUGCAGCAGAGCAGGUGAGUGGUGCAGCAGAGCAGGUGAGUGGUGCAGCAGAGCAGGUGAGUGGUGCAGCAGAGCAGGUGAGUGGUGCAGCAGAGCAGGUGAGUGGUGUAGCAGAGCAGGUGAGUGGUGCGGCAGAGCAGGUGAGUGGUGCGGCAGAGCAGGUGAGUGGUGCAGCAGAGCAGGUGAGUGGUGCAGCAGAGCAGGUGAGUGGUGCAGCAGAGCAGGUGAGUGGUGCAGCAGAGCAGGUGAGUGGUGCAGCAGAGCAGGUGAGUGGUGCAGCAGAGCAGGUGAGUGGUGCAGCAGAGCAGGUGAGUGGUGCGGCAGAGCAGGUGAGUGGUGCAGCAGAGCAGGUGAGUGGUGCAGCAGAGCAGGUGAGUGGUGCAGCAGAGCAGGUGAGUGGUGCAGCAGAGCAGGUGAGUGGUGCGGCAGAGCAGGUGAGUGGUGCAGCAGAGCAGGUGAGUGGUGCAGCAGAGCAGGUGAGUGGUGCAGCAGAGCAGGUGAGUGGUGCAGCAGAGCAGGUGAGUUGUGCAGCAGAGCAGGUGAGUGGUGCAGCAGAGCAGGUGAGUGGUGCAGCAGAGCAGGUGAUUGGUGCAGCAGAGCAGGUGGGUGGUGCAGCAGAGCAGGUGAGUGGUGCAGCAGAGCAGGUGAGUGGUGCAGCAGAGCAGGUGAGUGGUGCAGCAGAGCAGGUGAGUGGUGUAGCAGAGCAGGUGAGUGGUGCGGCAGAGCAGGUGAGUGGUGCAGCAGAGCAGGUGAGUGGUGCAGCAGAGCAGGUGAGUGGUGCAGCAGAGCAGGUGAGUGGUGCAGCAGAGCAGGUGAGUGGUGCAGCAGAGCAGGUGAGUGGUGCGGCAGAGCAGGUGAGUGGUGCAGCAGAGCAGGUGAGUGGUGCAGCAGAGCAGGUGAGUGGUGCAGCAGAGCAGGUGAGUGGUGCAGCAGAGCAGGUGAGUGGUGCAGCAGAGCAGGUGAGUGGUGUAGCAGAGCAGGUGAGUGGUGCGGCAGAGCAGGUGAGUGGUGCGGCAGAGCAGGUGAGUGGUGCAGCAGAGCAGGUGAGUGGUGCAGCAGAGCAGGUGAGUGGUGCAGCAGAGCAGGUGAGUGGUGCAGCAGAGCAGGUGAGUGGUGCAGCAGAGCAGGUGAGUGGUGCAGCAGAGCAGGUGAGUGGUGCAGCAGAGCAGGUGAGUGGUGCGGCAGAGCAGGUGAGUGGUGCGGCAGAGCAGGUGAGUGGUGCGGCAGAGCAGGUGAGUGGUGCGGCAGAACAGGUGAGUGGUGCAGCAGAGCAGGUGAGUGGUGCGGCAGAGCAGGUGAGUGGUGCAGCAGAGCAGGUGAGUGGUGCGGCAGAGCAGGUGAGUGGUGCACCAGAGCAGGUGAGUGGUGCAGCAGAGCAGGUGAGUGGUGCAGCAGAGCAGGUGAGUGGUGCGGCAGAGCAGGUGAGUGGUGCAGCAGAGCAGGUGAGUGGUGCAGCAGAGCAGGUGAGUGGUGCAGCAGAGCAGGUGAGUGGUGCAGCAGAGCAGGUGAGUGGUGCAGCAGAGCAGGUGAGUGGUGCAGCAGAGCAGGUGAGUGGUGCGGCAGAGCAGGUGAGUGGUGCAGCAGAGCAGGUGAGUGGUGCAGCAGAGCAGGUGAGUGGUGCAGCAGAGCAGGUGAUUGGUGCAGCAGAGCAGGUGGGUGGUGCAGCAGAGCAGGUGAGUGGUGCAGCAGAGCAGGUGAGUGGUGCAGCAGAGCAGGUGAGUGGUGCAGCAGAGCAGGUGAGUGGUGUAGCAGAGCAGGUGCGUGGUGCGGCAGAGCAGGUGAGUGGUGCAGCAGAGCAGGUGAGUGGUGCAGCAGAGCAGGUGAGUGGUGCAGCAGAGCAGGUGAGUGGUGCAGCAGAGCAGGUGAGUGGUGCAGCAGAGCAGGUGAGUGGUGCGGCAGAGCAGGUGAGUGGUGCAGCAGAGCAGGUGAGUGGUGCAGCAGAGCAGGUGAGUGGUGCAGCAGAGCAGGUGAGUGGUACAGCAGAGCAGGUGAGUGGUGCAGCAGAGCAGGUGAGUGGUGUAGCAGAGCAGGUGAGUGGUGCGGCAGAGCAGGUGAGUGGUGCGGCAGAGCAGGUGAGUGGUGCAGCAGAGCAGGUGAGUGGUGCAGCAGAGCAGGUGAGUGGUGCAGCAGAGCAGGUGAGUGGUGCAGCAGAGCAGGUGAGUGGUGCAGCAGAGCAGGUGAGUGGUGCAGCAGAGCAGGUGAGUGGUGCAGCAGAGCAGGUGAGUGGUGCGGCAGAGCAGGUGAGUGGUGCAGCAGAGCAGGUGAGUGGUGCAGCAGAGCAGGUGAGUGGUGCAGCAGAGCAGGUGAGUGGUGCGGCAGAGCAGGUGAGUGGUGCGGCAGAGCAGGUGAGUGGUGCGGCAGAGCAGGUGAGUGGUGCGGCAGAACAGGUGAGUGGUGCAGCAGAGCAGGUGAGUGGUGCGGCAGAGCAGGUGAGUGGUGCGGCAGAGCAGGUGAGUGGUGCGGUAGAGCAGGUGAGUGAUGCAGCAGAGCAGGUGAGUGGUGCGGCAGCGCAGGUGAGUGGUGCGGCAGAGCAGGUGAGUGGUGCGGCAGAGCAGGUGAGUGGUGCAGCAGAGCAGGUGAGUGGUGCAGCAGAGCAGGUGAGUGGUGCGGCAGAGCAGGUGAGUGGUGCAGCAGAGCAGGUGAGUGGUGCGGCAGAGCAGGUGAGUGGUGCAGCAGAGCAGGUGAGUGGUGCGGCAGAGCAGGUGAGUGGUGCAGCAGAGCAGGUGAGUGGUGCGACAGAGCAGGUGAGUGGUGCAGCAGAGCAGGUGAGUGGUGCGGCAGAGCAGGUGAGUGGUGCAGCAGAUCAGGUGAGUGGUUCAGCAGAGCAGGUGAGUGGUGCAGCAGAGCAGGUGAGUGGUGCAGCAGAGCAGGUGAGUGGUGCAGCAGAGCAGGUGAGUGGUGCAGCAGAGCAGGUGAGUGGUGCAGCAGAGCAGGUGAGUGGUGCAGCAGAGCAGGUGAGUGGUGCAGCAGAGCAGGUGAGUGGUGCAGCAGAGCAGGUGAGUGGUGCAGCAGAGCAGGUGAGUGGUGCAGCAGAGCAGGUGAGUGGUGCGGCAGAGCAGGUGAGUGGUGCAGCAGAGCAGGUGAGUGGUGCAGCAGAGCUGGUGAGUGGUGCAGCAGAGCAGGUGAGUGGUGCAGCAGAGCAGGUGAGUGGUGCGGCAGAGCAGGUGAGUGGUGCAGCAGAGCAGGUGAGUGGUGCAGCAGAGCAGGUGAGUGGUGCAGCAGAGCAGGUGAGUGGUGCAGCAGAGCAGGUGAGUGGUGCAGCAGAGCAGGUGAGUGGUGCAGCAGAGCAGGUGAGUGGUGCAGCAGAGCAGGUGAGUGGUGCGGCAGAGCAGGUGAGUGGUGCAGCAGAGCAGGUAAGUGGUGCAGCAGAGCAGGUGAGUGGUGCAGCAGAGCAGGUGAGUGGUGCGGCAGAGCAGGUGAGUGGUGCGGCAGAGCAGGUGAGUGGUGCGGCAGAGCAGGUGAGUGGUGCGGCAGAACAGGUGAGUGGUGCAGCAGAGCAGGUGAGUGGUGCGGCAGAGCAGGUGAGUGGUGCAGCAGAGCAGGUGAGUGGUGCGGCAGAGCAGGUGAGUGGUGCAGCAGAGCAGGUGAGUGGUGCGGCAGAGCAGGUGAGUGGUGCAGCAGAGCAGGUGAGUGGUGCAGCAGAGCAGGUGAGUGGUGCGGCAGAGCAGGUGAGUGGUGCAGCAGAGCAGGUGAGUGGUGCAGCAGAGCAGGUGAGUGGUGCAGCAGAGCAGGUGAGUGGUGCAGCAGAGCAGGUGAGUGGUGCAGCAGAGCAGGUGAGUGGUGCGGCAGAGCAGGUGAGUGGUGCAGAAGAGCAGGUGAGUGGUGCAGCAGAGCAGGUGAGUGGUGCAGCAGAGCAGGUGAGUGGUGCAGCAGAGCAGGUGAGUGGUGCGGCAGAGCAGGUGAGUGGUGCAGCAGAGCAGGUGAGUGGUGCGGCAGAGCAGGUGAGUGGUGCGGCAGAGCAGGUGAGUGGUGCAGCAGAGCAGGUGAGUGGUGCAGCAGAGCAGGUGAGUGGUGCGGCAGAGCAGGUGAGUGGUGCAGCAGAGCAGGUGAGUGGUGCGGCAGAGCAGGUGAGUGGUGCAGCAGAGCAGGUGAGUGGUGCGACAGAGCAGGUGAGUGGUGCAGCAGAGCAGGUGAGUGGUGCGGCAGAGCAGGUGAGUGGUGCAGCAGAGCAGGUGAGUGGUGCGGCAGAGCAGGUGAGUGGUGCAGCAGAGCAGGUGAGUGGUGCGGCAGAGCAGGUGAGUGGUGCAGCAGAGCAGGUGAGUGGUGCGACAGAGCAGGUGAGUGGUGCAGCAGAGCAGGUGAGUGGUGCGGCAGAGCAGGUGAGUGGUGCGGCAGAACAGGUGAGUGGUGCAGCAGAGCAGGUGAGUGGUGCGGCAGAGCAGGUGAGUGGUGCAGCAGAGCAGGUGAGUGGUGCGGCAGAGCAGGUGAGUGGUGCAGCAGAGCAGGUGAGUGGUGCGGCAGAGCAGGUGAGUGGUGCAGCAGAGCAGGUGAGUGGUGCAGCAGAGCAGGUGAGUGGUGCGGCAGAGCAGGUGAGUGGUGUAGCAGAGCAGGUGAGUGGUGCGGCAGAGCAGGUGAGUGGUGCGGCAGAGCAGGUGAGUGGUGCGGCAGAGCAGGUGAGUGGUGCGGCAGAGCAGGUGAGUGGUGCGGCAGAGCAGGUGAGUGGUGCGGCAGAGCAGGUGAGUGGUGCGGCAGAGCAGGUGAGUGGUGCGGCAGAGCAGGUGAGUGGUGCGGCAGAGCAGGUGAGUGGUUUAGAAGAGCAGGUGAGUGGUGCGGCAGAGCAGGUGAGUGGUGCGGCAGAGCAGGUGAGUGGUGCGGCAGAGCAGGUGAGUGGUGCGGCAGAGCAGGUGAGUGGUGCGGCAGAGCAGGUGAGUGGUGCGGCAGAGCAGGUGAGUGGUGCGGCAGAGCAGGUGAGUGGUGCGGCAGUGCAGGUGAGUGGUGCGGCAGAGCAGGUGAGUGGUGCGGCAGAGCAGGUGAGUGGUGCGGCAGAGCAGGUGAGUGGUGCGGCAGAGCAGGUGAGUGGUGCGGCAGAGCAGGUGAGUGGUGCGGCAGAGCAGGUGAGUGGUGCGGCAGAGCAGGUGAGUGGUGCGGCAGAGCAGGUGAGUGGUGCGGCAGAGCAGGUGAGUGGUGCGGCAGAGCAGGUGAGUGGUGCGGCAGAGCAGGUGAGUGGUGCGGCAGAGCAGGUGAGUGGUGCGGCAGAGCAGGUGAGUGGUGCGGCAGAGCAGGUGAGUGGUGCGGCAGAGCAGGUGAGUAGUGCGGCAGAGCAGGUGAUUGGUGCGGCAGAGCAGGUGAGUGGUGCGGCAGAGCAGGUGAGUGGAGCGGCAGAGCAGGUGAGUGGUGUAGAAGAGCAGGUGAGUGGUGCGGCAGAGCAGGUGAGUGGUGCGGCAGAGCAGGUGAGUGGUGCGGCAGAGCAGGUGAGUGGUGCGGCAGAGCAGGUGAGUGGUGCGGCAGAGCAGGUGAGUGGUGCGGCAGAGCAGGUGAGUGGUGCGGCAGAGCAGGUGAGUGGUGCGGCAGUGCAGGUGAGUGGUGCGGCAGAGCAGGUGAGUGGUGCGGCAGAGCAGGUGAGUGGUGCGGCAGAGCAGGUGAGUGGUGCGGCAGAGCAGGUGAGUGGUGCGGCAGAGCAGGUGAGUGGUGCGGCAGAGCAGGUGAGUGGUGCGGCAGAGCAGGUGAGUGGUGUAGCAGAGCAGGUGAGUGGUGCGGCAGAGCAGGUGAGUGGUGCGGCAGAGCAGGUGAGUGGUGCGGCAGAGCAGGUGAGUGGUGCGGCAGAGCAGGUGAGUGGUGCGGCAGAGCAGGUGAGUGGUGCGGCAGAGCAGGUGAGUGGUGCGGCAGAGCAGGUGAGUGGUGCGGCAGAGCAGGUGAGUGGUGCGGCAGAGCAGGUGAGUGGUGCGGCAGAGCAGGUGAGUGGUGUAGAAGAGCAGGUGAGUGGUGCGGCAGAGCAGGUGAGUGGUGCGGCAGAGCAGGUGAGUGGUGCGGCAGAGCAGGUGAGUGGUGCGGCAGAGCAGGUGAGUGGUGCGGCAGAGCAGGUGAGUGGUGCGGCAGAGCAGGUGAGUGGUGCGGCAGAGCAGGUGAGUGGUGCGGCAGUGCAGGUGAGUGGUGCGGCAGAGCAGGUGAGUGGUGCGGCAGAGCAGGUGAGUGGUGCGGCAGAGCAGGUGAGUGGUGCGGCAGAGCAGGUGAGUGGUGCGGCAGAGCAGGUGAGUGGUGCGGCAGAGCAGGUGAGUGGUGCGGCAGAGCAGGUGAGUGGUGCGGCAGAGCAGGUGAGUGGUGCGGCAGAGCAGGUGAGUGGUGCGGCAGAGCAGGUGAGUGGUGCGGCAGAGCAGGUGAGUGGUGCGGCAGAGCAGGUGAUUGGUGCGGCAGAGCAGGUGAGUGGUGCGGCAGAGCAGGUGAGUGGAGCGGCAGAGCAGGUGAGUGGUGUAGAAGAGCAGGUGAGUGGUGCGGCAGAGCAGGUGAGUGGUGCGGCAGAGCAGGUGAGUGGUGCGGCAGAGCAGGUGAGUGGUGAGGCAGAGCAGGUGAGUGGUGCGGCAGAGCAGGUGAGUGGUGCGGCAGAGCAGGUGAGUGGUGCGGCAGAGCAGGUGAGUGGUGCGGCAGAGCAGGUGAGUGGUGCGGCAGAGCAGGUGAGUGGUGCGGCAGAGCAGGUGAGUGGUGCGGCAGAGCAGGUGAGUGGUGCGGCAGAGCAGGUGAGUGGUGCGGCAGAGCAGGUGAGUGGUGCGGCAGAGCAGGUGAGUGGUGCGGCAGAGCAGGUGAGUGGUGCGGCAGAGCAGGUGAGUGGUGCGGCAGAGCAGGUGAGUGGUGCGGCAGAGCAGGUGAGUGGUGCGGCAGAGCAGGUGAGUGGUGCGGCAGAGCAGGUGAGUGGUGCGGCAGAGCAGGUGAGUGGUGCGGCAGAGCAGGUGAGUGGUGCGGCAGAGCAGGUGAGUGGUGCGGCAGAGCAGGUGAGUGGUGCGGCAGAGCAGGUGAGUGGUGCGGCAGAGCAGGUGAGUGGUGCGGCAGAGCAGGUGAGUGGUGCGGCAGAGCAGGUGAGUGGUGCGGCAGAGCAGGUGAGUGGUGCGGCAGAGCAGGUGAGUGGUGCGGCAGAGCAGGUGAGUGGUGCGGCAGAGCAGGUGAGUGGUGCGGCAGAGCAGGUGAGUGGUGCGGCAGAGCAGGUGAGUGGUGCGGCAGAGCAGGUGAGUGGUGCGGCAGAGCAGGUGAGUGGUGCGGCAGAGCAGGUGAGUGGUGCGGCAGAGCAGGUGAGUGGUGCGGCAGAGCAGGUGAGUGGUGCAGCAGAGCAGGUGAGUGGUGCAGCAGAGCAGGUGAGUGGUGCAGCAGAGCAGAUGAGUGGUGCAGCAGAGCAGGUGAGUGGUGCAGCAGAGCAGGUGAGUGGUGCAGCAGAGCAGGUGAGUGGUGCAGCAGAGCAGGUGAGUGGUGCGGCAGAGCAGGUGAGUGGUGCAGCAGAGCAGGUGAGUGGUGCAGCAGAGCAGGUGAGUGGUGCAGCAGAGCAGGUGAGUGGUGCAGCAGAGCAGGUGAGUGGUGCAGCAGAGCAGGUGAGUGGUGUGGCAGAGCAGGUGAGUGGUGCGGCAGAGCAGGUGAGUGGUGCGGCAGAGCAGGUGAGUGGUGCAGCAGAGCAGGUGAGUGGUGCGGCAGAGCAGGUGAGUGGUGCAGCAGAGCAGGUGAGUGGUGCAGCAGAGCAGGUGAGUGGUGCAGCAGAGCAGGUGAGUGGUGCGGCAGAGCAGGUGAGUGGUGCAGCAGAGCAGGUGAGUGGUGCAGCAGAGCAGGUGAGUGGUGCGGCAGAGCAGGUGAGUGGUGCGGCAGAGCAGGUGAGUGGUGCAGCAGAGCAGGUGAGUGGUGCGGCAGAGCAGGUGAGUGGUGCAGCAGAGCAGGUGAGUGGUGCGGCAGAGCAGGUGAGUGGUGCAGCAGAGCAGGUGAAUGGUGCAGCAGAGCAGGUGAGUGGUGCAGCAGAGCAGGUGAGUGGUGCAGCAGAGCAGGUGAGUGGUGCGACAGAGCAGGUGAGUGGUGCAGCAGAGCAGGUGAGUGGUGCAGCAGAGCAGGUGAGUGGUGCAGCAGAGCAGGUGAGUGGUGCGGCAGAGCAGGUGAGUGGUGCGGCAGAGCAGGUGAGUGGUGCAGCAGAGCAGGUGAGUGGUGCAGCAGAGCAGGUGAGUGGUGCAGCAGAGCAGGUGAGUGGUGCAGCAGAGCAGGUGAGUGGUGCGGCAGAGCAGGUGAGUGGUGCGGCAGAGCAGGUGAGUGGUGCAGCAGAGCAGGUGAGUGGUGCAGCAGAACAGGUGAGUGGUGCGGCAGAGCAGGUGAGUGGUGCAGCAGAGCAGGUGAGUGGUGCAGCAGAGCUGGUGAGUGGUGCAGCAGAGCAGGUGAGUGGUGCAGCAGAGCAGGUGAGUGGUGCAGCAGAGCAGGUGAGUAGUGCGGCAGAGCAGGUGAGUGGUGCAGCAGAGCAGGUGAGUGGUGCGGCAGAGCAGGUGAGUGGUGCGGCAGAGCAGGUGAGUGGUGCAGCAGAGCAGGUGAGUGGUGCGGCAGAGCAGGUGAGUGGUGCGGCAGAGCAGGUGAGUGGUGCAGCAGAGCAGGUGAGUGGUGCGGCAGAGCAGGUGAGUGGUGCGGCAGAGCAGGUGAGUGGUGCGGCAGAGCAGGUGAGUGGUGCAGCAGAGCAGGUGAGUGGUGCGGCAGAGCAGGUGAGUGGUGCAGCAGAGCAGGUGAGUGGUGCGGCAGAGCAGGUGAGUGGUGCGGCAGUGCAGGUGAGUGGUGCGGCAGAGCAGGUGAGUGGUGCGGCAGAGCAGGUGAGUGGUGCGGCAGAGCAGGUGAGUGGUGCGGCAGAGCAGGUGAGUGGUGCAGCAGAGCAGGUGAGUGGUGCGGCAGAGCAGGUGAGUGGUGCGGCAGAGCAGGUGAGUGGUGCGGCAGAGCAGGUGAGUGGUGCGGCAGAGCAGGUGAGUGGUGCGGCAGAGCAGGUGAGUGGUGCGGCAGAGCAGGUGAGUGGUGCGGCAGUGCAGGUGAGUGGUGCGGCAGAGCAGGUGAGUGGUGCAGCAGUGCAGGUGAGUGGUGCGGCAGAGCAGGUGAGUGGUGCGGCAGAGCAGGUGAGUGGUGCGGCAGAGCAGGUGAGUGGUGCGGCAGAGCAGGUGAGUGGUGCGGCAGAGCAGGUGAGUGGUGCGGCAGAGCAGGUGAGUGGUGCGGCAGAGCAGGUGAGUGGUGCGGCAGUGCAGGUGAGUGGUGCGGCAGAGCAGGUGAGUGGUGCGGCAGUGCAGGUGAGUGGUGCGGCAGAGCAGGUGAGUGGUGCGGCAGAGCAGGUGAGUGGUGCGGCAGAGCAGGUGAGUGGUGCGGCAGAGCAGGUGAGUGGUGCGGCAGAGCAGGUGAGUGGUGCGGCAGAGCAGGUGAGUGGUGCGGCAGAGCAGGUGAGUGGUGUAGCAGAGCAGGUGAGUGGUGCGGCAGAGCAGGUGAGUGGUGCGGCAGAGCAGGUGAGUGGUGCGGCAGAGCAGGUGAGUGGUGCGGCAGAGCAGGUGAGUGGUGCGGCAGAGCAGGUGAGUGGUGCGGCAGAGCAGGUGAGUGGUGCGGCAGAGCAGGUAAGUGGUGCGGCAGAGCAGGUGAGUGGUGCGGCAGAGCAGGUGAGUGGUGCGGCAGAGCAGGUGAGUGGUGCGGCAGAGCAGGUGAGUGGUGCGGCAGAGCAGGUGAGUGGUGCGGCAGAGCAGGUGAGUGGUGCGGCAGAGCAGGUGAGUGGUGCGGCAGAGCAGGUGAGUGGUGCGGCAGAGCAGGUGAGUGGUUCGGCAGUGCAGGUGAGUGGUGCGGCAGAGCAGGUGAGUGGUGCGGCAGUGCAGGUGAGUGGUGCGGCAGAGCAGGUGAGUGGUGCGGCAGAGCAGGUGAGUGGUGCGGCAGAGCAGGUGAGUGGUGCGGCAGAGCAGGUGAGUGGUGCGGCAGAGCAGGUGAGUGGUGCGGCAGAGCAGGUGAGUGGUGCGGCAGAGCAGGUGAGUGGUGCGGCAGAGCAGGUGAGUGGUGCGGCAGAGCAGGUGAGUGGUGCGGCAGAGCAGGUGAGUGGUGCGGCAGAGCAGGUGAGUGGUGUAGCAGAGCAGGUGAGUGGUGCGGCAGAGCAGGUGAGUGGUGCGGCAGAGCAGGUGAGUGGUGCGGCAGAGCAGGUGAGUGGUGCGGCAGUGCAGGUGAGUGGUGCGGCAGAGCAGGUGAGUGGUGCGGCAGAGCAGGUGAGUGGUGCGGCAGAGCAGGUAAGUGGUGCGGCAGAGCAGGUGAGUGGUGCGGCAGAGCAGGUGAGUGGUGCGGCAGAGCAGGUGAGUGGUGCGGCAGAGCAGGUGAGUGGUGCGGCAGAGCAGGUGAGUGGUGCGGCAGAGCAGGUGAGUGGUGCGGCAGAGCAGGUGAGUGGUGCAGCAGAGCAGGUGAGUGGUGCGGCAGAGCAGGUGAGUGGUGCGGCAGAGCAGGUGAGUGGUGCGGCAGAGCAGGUGAGUGGUGCGGCAGAGCAGGUGAGUGGUGCGGCAGAGCAGGUGAGUGGUGCGGCAGAGCAGGUGAGUGGUGCGGCAGAGCAGGUGAGUGGUGCGGCAGAGCAGGUGAGUGGUGCGGCAGAGCAGGUGAGUGGUGCGGCAGAGCAGGUGAGUGGUGCGGCAGAGCAGGUGAGUGGUGCGGCAGAGCAGGUGAGUGGUGCGGCAGAGCAGGUGAGUGGUGCGGCAGAGCAGGUGAGUGGUGCGGCAGAGCAGGUGAGUGGUGCGGCAGAGCAGGUGAGUGGUGCGGCAGAGCAGGUGAGUGGAGCGGCAGAGCAGGUGAGUGGUGCGGCAGAGCAGGUGAGUGGUGCAGCAGAGCAGGUGAGUGGUGCAGCAGAGCAGGUGAGUGGUGCAGCAGAGCAGGUGAGUGGUGCAGCAGAGCAGGUGAGUGGUGUAGCAGAGCAGGUGAGUGGUGCGGCAGAGCAGGUGAGUGGUGCGGCAGAGCAGGUGAGUGGUGCAGCAGAGCAGGUGAGUGGUGCAGCAGAGCAGGUGAGUGGUGCAGCAGAGCAGGUGAGUGGUGCAGCAGAGCAGGUGAGUGGUGCAGCAGAGCAGGUGAGUGGUGCAGCAGAGCAGGUGAGUGGUGCAGCAGAGCAGGUGAGUGGUGCGGCAGAGCAGGUGAGUGGUGCGGCAGAGCAGGUGAGUGGUGCGGCAGAGCAGGUGAGUGGUGCGGCAGAACAGGUGAGUGGUGCAGCAGAGCAGGUGAGUGGUGCGGCAGAGCAGGUGAGUGGUGCAGCAGAGCAGGUGAGUGGUGCGGCAGAGCAGGUGAGUGGUGCACCAGAGCAGGUGAGUGGUGCGGCACAGCAGGUGAGUGGUGCGGCAGAGCAGGUGAGUGGUGCGGCAGAGCAGGUGAGUGGUGCGGCAGAGCAGGUUAGUGGUGCGGCAGAGCAGGUGAGUGGUGCGGCAGAGCAGGUGAGUGGUGCGGCAGAGCAGGUGAGUGGUGCAGCAGAGCAGGUGAGUGGUGCAGAGCAGGUGAGUGGUGCGGCAGAGCAGGUGAGUGGUGCGGCAGAGCAGGUGAGUGGUGCGGCAGAGCAGGUGAGUGGUGCGGCAGAGCAGGUGAGUGGUGCGGCAGAGCAGGUGAGUGGUGCGGCAGAGCAGGUGAGUGGUGCGGCAGAGCAGGUGAGUGGUGCGGCAGAGCAGGUGAGUGGUGCGGCAGAGCAGGUGAGUGGUGUAGCAGAGCAGGUGAGUGGUGUAGCAGAGCAGGUGAGUGGUGCGGCAGAGCAGGUGAGUGGUGCGGCAGAGCAGGUGAGUGGUGCGGCAGAGCAGGUGAGUGGUGCAGCAGAGCAGGUGAGUGGUGCGGCAGAGCAGGUGAGUGGUGCGGCAGAGCAGGUGAGUGGUGCAGCAGAGCAGGUGAGUGGUGCGGCAGAGCAGGUGAGUGGUGCGGCAGAGCAGGUGAGUGGUGCAGCAGAGCAGGUGAGUGGUGCAGCAGAGCAGGUGAGUGGUGCAGCAGAGCAGGUGAGUGGUGCAGCAGAGCAGGUGAGUGGUGCGGCAGAGCAGAUGAGUGGUGCGGCAGAGCAGGUGAGUGGUGCAGCAGAGCAGGUGAGUGGUGCGGCAGAGCAGGUGAGUGGUGCAGCAGAGCAGGUGAGUGGUGCAGCAGAGCAGGUGAGUGGUGCAGCAGAGCAGGUGAGUGGUGCGGCAGAGCAGGUGAGUGGUGCGGCAGAGCAGGUGAGUGGUGCAGCAGAGCAGGUGAGUGGUGCGGCAGAGCAGGUGAGUGGUGCGGCAGAGCAGGUGAGUGGUGCGGCAGAGCAGGUGAGUGGUGCGGCAGAGCAGGUGAGUGGUGCAGCAGAGCAGGUGAGUGGUGCGGCAGAGCAGGUGAGUGGUGCGGCAGAGCAGGUGAGUGGUGCGGCAGAGCAGGUGAGUGGUGCGGCAGAGCAGGUGAGUGGUGCAGCAGAGCAGGUGAGUGGUGCGGCAGAGCAGGUGAGUGGUGCGCCAGAGCAGGUGAGUGGUGCAGCAGAGCAGGUGAGUGGCGCGGCAGAGCAGGUGAGUGGUGCAGCAGAGCAGGUGAGUGGUGCAGCAGAGCAGGUGAGUGGUGCAGCAGAGCAGGUGAGUGGUGCAGCAGAGCAGGUGAGUGGUGCAGCAGAGCAGGUGAGUGGUGCGGCAGAGCACGUGAGUGGUGCAGCAGAGCAGGUGAGUGGUGCAGCAGAGCAGGUGAGUGGUGCAGCAGAGCAGGUGAGUGGUGCAGCAGAGCAGGUGAGUCGUGCAGCAGAGCAGGUGAGUGGUGCGGCAGAGCAGGUGAGUGGUGCAGCAGAGCAGGUGAGUGGUGCAGCAGAGCAGGUGAGUGGUGCAGCAGAGCAGGUGAGUGGUGCAGCAGAGCAGGUGAGAGGUGCAGCAGAGCAGGUGAGUGGUGCAGCAGAGCAGGUGAGUGGUGCAGCAGAGCAGGGCACGGGGUGUGUGGGUGCUGGACUCGCUGCUGAUAGCCUGGUGCUGGUGGUGGGGCGUGACGCCAGUAGCCCUGCUGCAGAGCACAUGGGUGAGGUGACAGGGCAUGGGGCGUGCCAGUGUGGUGGUCGAGCAGAGCAGGUGAGUGGUGCAGCAGAGCAGGUGAGUGGUGCAGCAGAGCAGGUGAGUGGUGCAGCAGAGCAGGUGAGUGGUGCAGCAGAGCAGGUGAGUGGUGCAGCAGAGCAGGUGAGUGGUGCAGCAGAGCAGGUGAGUGGUGCAGCAGAGCAGGUGAGUGGUGCGGCAGAGCAGGUGAGUGGUGCAGCAGAGCAGGUGAGUGGUGCGGCAGAGCAGGUGAGUGGUGCGGCAGAGCAGGUGAGUGGUGCGGCAGAGCAGGUGAGUGGUGCGGCAGAGCAGGUGAGUGGUGCGGCAGAGCAGGUGAGUGGUGCGGCAGAGCAGGUGAGUGGUGCGGCAGAGCAGGUGAGUGGUGCGGCAGAGCAGGUGAGUGGUGCAGCAGAGCAGGUGAGUGGUGCGGCAGAGCAGGUGAGUGGUGCGGCAGAGCAGGUGAGUGGUGCGGCAGAGCAGGUGAGUGGUGCAGCAGAGCAGGUGAGUGGUGCGGCAGAGCAGGUGAGUGGUGCAGCAGAGCAGGUGAGUGGUGCGGCAGAGCAGGUGAGUGGUGCGGCAGAGCAGGUGAGUGGUGCGGCAGAGCAGGUGAGUGGUGCAGCAGAGCAGGUGAGUGGUGCAGCAGAGCAGGUGAGUGGUGCGGCAGAGCAGGUGAGUGGUGCGGCAGAGCAGGUGAGUGGUGCGGCAGAGCAGGUGAGUGGUGCGGCAGAGCUGGUGAGUGGUGCGGCAGAGCUGGUGAGUGGUGCGGCAGAGCAGGUGAGUGGUGCGGCAGAGCAGGUGAGUGGUGCGGCAGAGCUGGUGAGUGGUGCGGCAGAGCUGGUGAGUGGUGCGGCAGAGCAGGUGAGUGGUGCGGCAGAGCAGGUGAGUGGUGCGGCAGAGCAGGUGAGUGGUGCGGCAGAGCAGGUGAGUGGUGCGGCAGAGCAGGUGAGUGGUGCGGCAGAGCAGGUGAGUGGUGCGGCAGAGCAGGUGAGUGGUGCGGCAGAGCAGGUGAGUGGUGCGGCAGAGCAGGUGAGUGGUGCGGCAGAGCAGGUGAGUGGUGCGGCAGAGCAGGUGAGUGGUGCGGCAGAGCAGGUGAGUGGUGCGGCAGAGCAGGUGAGUGGUGCGGCAGAGCAGGUGAGUGGUGCGGCAGAGCAGGUGAGUGGUGCGGCAGAGCAGGUGAGUGGUGCAGCAGAGCAGGUGAGUGGUGCGGCAGAGCAGGUGAGUGGUGCAGCAGAGCAGGUGAGUGGUGCGGCAGAGCAGGUGAGUGGUGCGGCAGAGCAGGUGAGUGGUGCAGCAGAGCAGGUGAGUGGUGGUGCAGCAGAGCAGGUGAGUGGUGCAGCAGAGCAGGUGAGUGGUGCGGCAGAGCAGGUGAGUGGUGCGGCAGAGCAGGUGAGUGGUGCGACAGAGCAGGUGAGUGGUGCGGCAGAGCAGGUGAGUGGUGCAGCAGAGCAGGUGAGUGGUGCGGCAGAGCAGGUGAGUGGUGCGGCAGAGCAGGUGAGUGGUGCGGCAGAGCAGGUGAGUGGUGCGGCAGAGCAGGUGAGUGGUGCGGCAGAGCAGGUGAGUGGUGCGGCAGAGCAGGUGAGUGGUGCGGCAGAGCAGGUGAGUGGUGCGGCAGAGCAGGUGAGUGGUGCAGCAGAGCAGGUGAGUGGUGCAGCAGAGCAGGUGAGUGGUGCGGCAGAGCAGGUGAGUGGUGCGGCAGAGCAGGUGAGUGGUGCGGCAGAGCAGGUGAGUGGUGCGGCAGAGCAGGUGAGUGGUGCGGCAGAGCAGGUGAGUGGUGCGGCAGAGCAGGUGAGUGGUGCGGCAGAGCAGGUGAGUGGUGCAGCAGAGCAGGUGAGUGGUGCGGCAGAGCAGGUGAGUGGUGCGGCAGAGCAGGUGAGUGGUGCGGCAGAGCAGGUGAGUGGUGCAGCAGAGCAGGUGAGUGGUGCAGCAGAGCAGGUGAGUGGUGCGGCAGAGCAGGUGAGUGGUGCGGCAGAGCAGGUGAGUGGUGCGGCAGAGCAGGUGAGUGGUGCGGCAGAGCAGGUGAGUGGUGCGGCAGAGCAGGUGAGUGGUGCGGCAGAGCAGGUGAGUGGUGCAGCAGAGCAGGUGAGUGGUGCGGCAGAGCAGGUGAGUGGUGCGGCAGAGCAGGUGAGUGGUGCGGCAGAGCAGGUGAGUGGUGCGGCAGAGCAGGUGAGUGGUGCGGCAGAGCAGGUGAGUGGUGCGGCAGAGCAGGUGAGUGGUGCGGCAGAGCAGGUGAGUGGUGCGGCAGAGCAGGUGAGUGGUGCAGCAGAGCAGGUGAGUGGUGCAGCAGAGCAGGUGAGUGGUGCGGCAGAGCAGGUGAGUGGUGCGGCAGAGCAGGUGAGUGGUGCGGCAGAGCAGGUGAGUGGUGCGGCAGAGCAGGUGAGUGGUGCGGCAGAGCAGGUGAGUGGUGCGGCAGAGCAGGUGAGUGGUGCGGCAGAGCAGGUGAGUGGUGCAGCAGAGCAGGUGAGUGGUGCGGCAGAGCAGGUGAGUGGUGCGGCAGAGCAGGUGAGUGGUGCGGCAGAGCAGGUGAGUGGUGCGGCAGAGCAGGUGAGUGGUGCGGCAGAGCAGGUGAGUGGUGCGGCAGAGCAGGUGAGUGGUGCGGCAGAGCAGGUGAGUGGUGCAGCAGAGCAGGUGAGUGGUGCGGCAGAGCAGGUGAGUGGUGCGGCAGAGCAGGUGAGUGGUGCGGCAGAGCAGGUGAGUGGUGCGGCAGAGCAGGUGAGUGGUGCGGCAGAGCAGGUGAGUGGUGCGGCAGAGCAGGUGAGUGGUGCGGCAGAGCAGGUGAGUGGUGCGGCAGAGCAGGUGAGUGGUGCGGCAGAGCAGGUGAGUGGUGCGGCAGAGCAGGUGAGUGGUGCGGCAGAGCAGGUGAGUGGUGCAGCAGAGCAGGUGAGUGGUGCGGCAGAGCAGGUGAGUGGUGCAGCAGAGCAGGUGAGUGGUGCGGCAGAGCAGGUGAGUGGUGCGGCAGAGCAGGUGAGUGGUGCAGCAGAGCAGGUGAGUGGUGGUGCAGCAGAGCAGGUGAGUGGUGCAGCAGAGCAGGUGAGUGGUGCGGCAGAGCAGGUGAGUGGUGCGGCAGAGCAGGUGAGUGGUGCGACAGAGCAGGUGAGUGGUGCGGCAGAGCAGGUGAGUGGUGCAGCAGAGCAGGUGAGUGGUGCGGCAGAGCAGGUGAGUGGUGCGGCAGAGCAGGUGAGUGGUGCGGCAGAGCAGGUGAGUGGUGCGGCAGAGCAGGUGAGUGGUGCGGCAGAGCAGGUGAGUGGUGCGACAGAGCAGGUGAGUGGUGCGGCAGAGCAGGUGAGUGGUGCGACAGAGCAGGUGAGUUGUGCGGCAGAGCAGGUGAGUGGUGCAGCAGAGCAGGUGAGUGGUGCGGCAGAGCAGGUGAGUGGUGCAGCAGAGCAGGUGAGUGGUGCGGCAGAGCAGGUGAGUGGUGCGGCAGAGCAGGUGAGUGGUGCGGCAGAGCAGGUGAGUGGUGCACCAGAGCAGGUGAGUGGUGCGGCAGAGCAGGUGAGUGGUGCGCAGAGCAGGUGA